GAAAAGAAAAUCCCUAAAAAGGAAAAGGAUCGCGCUCAGGGUCAUUUGUGCAAAAAAGGAGAGGGGGGAGGGGGGAGUUCGCCGCGGCGGCGCAGAAGCGCAGUUCGCCGGCGACCUCGCCGCCACAUCUGCCUGCGAUGUCCCUCUUCCGGGUCGUGCCUGCGAAUGCAGGUCCCUACGCCGUGGCGCCGCGGGCCACCGUCGUCCGCUUCAUCACCUUGCGCUCGACCGUCGCGCGCCCCGGCCUCGCAGGAUUGUCAUCCCAAGCACAUGGCAGAUACCUUAUGUGCCGAGCGAUGGUCAUUAAGCUGAUAUCAUUAAUUUGGAAUGAGUGGAUUUCUGUUCCAUCAACCUGUCACACUUUACAACGACAUGAUUGUCUUCCCAAGCACAUGGUGUAUGCCUUAUGUGUGGAGCGAUGGUCAUUAAGCUGGUAUCAUUAAUUUGGAAUGAGUGGAUUUCUGUUCCAUCAACCCGUCACACUUUACAACGACAUGUGAGCCCGUCCGUCCCUGAUCUUUUCAGCUAUUUUAUGUUUUUGUUGCACAUUUUAUCUCUAUUUGAUCAAAUGAAAUGUACCUCCUUUAAUUCGGGCAAAGAUUAUUUGAGAUGGACUCCCUCCGAUCCAUAAUAAGUGUAGUAGUUUUAGUUCAAAUUUGAACUAAAACCAGGACACCUAUUAUGGAUUGGAGGGAGUAAUUCAAAUAAUUACUCCUUUAUUAUGCCUGAUGCAUUAUUGUAUAGUUAGCUCUAUUGUGGCUUUGUGGAUUGUUAAAUCCAAGUAUCAGAAUUUAAUGAGAAUGUAAGACCUCUGAUAUGAUGGUUGGAUACUUGCUGCUUUUAUUUUCACUAAUGUUGGUACGUAUUUAUGGUCUUGCCAUUGACUGAUGAUAUAUCCACCUAGCGGUGAUACUGAUAUAUAUGAUCAACCUUUUUUCGAUCUAAUGUGUUUGCUUCCGUUGUGCCUAAUCAGUUACCUGUUGACAUUCUUGAUAAAUACACAGUUGAAGAAAGAUAUGACUUCAGUUUUGUGUGACAAAUUCAGCUGUUUGUCUUUAAAAAAGACAACCCGUCAGAUGUACAAGAUAAACAUGAUGUUUUUCCUACCGUACCUGUUUUCCCUCGGCAAACAUGAUGUUUUUGUAGCUGAGUUCCUUUUUACAAACUGUGAAUUAUGCUGCCCAUUUUGGUUAUAUCCUUGUUGCUGCUUAUGCACUGGGUUU